AUGCCUCUCAAGAAGCCGAACCUGCGGCCGCUCGCCAUGUCGCUCGAGCGGCAAAACUCGGUGCAGAUGUCGGACACCGGCUCGCUCGCGCUCGACAACUUUGUGAUCGGCCGCAACGGGAUCACGCAAUCGCCGCUGCAGCUCGGAGAGCACGACCCGCACCUACGGCUGCAGGACCUCGUGAUGCAGCGCCAGCUGGGCCGGGGCAUGUCCUCAAAGGUGUACCUGAUGGUUCACCGACCGACCGGCAAGCCGGUCGCCGUCAAAGUGCUGCAGUCCAACGCGGAGCAGGACCGCGAGAGCCGCCAGAUGGUGCUCAACGAGGUGCGCACCGUCUUCGCCGCCCGGUCCGACCACCUCGUCGCAUUCUACGACGCCUUUCACCACGAGAUAAAUCCUUGA